UAAUUAACUAUAGUAUUAUUGAAUGGACUAAAUAUAAYCGUAUGUUUAGGAUAUGUCAACAAAUACCCGGACCUCGACCUAGAUAUCCAUUUAUUGGCAAUUUGGACAUUAUUUGGACGCAUAAACCAAACGAUUUAUGCGUUUUCGACGAAAUAGUCCAAUCAAUGACAGUAUUGUAUAAAAAUGAUGGUAUAUUCAGAUUACAGUGCGGUUAYAAACAAUGGAUAUUUUUGUUUGACCAUCGAUUAGCUCAGGAUCUAUUGAAAGACAAUGUAAACAUAGAGAAGCCGUUUGAAUAUCAAUUGCUAAACGACUGGUUGGGUAAAGGUUUGCUAAUCAACAACAGUGCCGAUCUGUGGCGUAGCCGACGGAGACUAUUGACACCGGCAUUUCAUCAGAAAUUGUUGGCCGAUUUUGAACCGAUAAUCAACAGACAAUGCAAUAUAAUGGUUGAACGUCUACGCGUAUCGGUGUUGAAAAUGAUGGCCAACAACAACAACAACAGUGAAAAUCGGGACAACUAUGUAGACAUUACUGACUAUACGUUUCCGUUAGCGUUGGACAUAAUUUCGGAGACAGUGAUGGGUGUGUCGCUGAACGCCCAGAGCCGACAAAACGGUGACUACAUUGAGGCCGUCCAACGUGUCGGCCGUUUCUUUGUUGAACGUUUGCAGCGGCCGUGGCUCUGGCCAAACCUGAUCUACUAUCGAACCCGAAUGGGCGGUCAGUUUCGCCGGGAUAUUCAACUGAUGCAUCGCUUAACCCGACGGGUAAUUGCCGAACGCCUGGACUUGAUUAAGGCCGGCAGCGGUGGCGACGGUGGCGGUGACGACAACUACUGUACUGAUCGGCAGACAGACAGCAGUAUCGGUGCUAACGAUGAUAGCAGCCAUAGACAACCUAAACGUUURGCAUUUCUCGACCUACUAUUGGAUAUACAUCUCAGAGGAGGCGGCGACAUCCGGGAAGAAGUGGACACUUUUAUGUUUGCCGGACACGACACCAGUGCCCUAUGUAUGUCGUGGACACUGUAUCUGUUGGGUCUGUAUCCCGAUGUUCAGCGCCGUUUGCAUCAGGAAUUGGAUGCCCAGUCUAUCGUUGCCGACACCGAUGUCCGCGGCGACCAACUACGCCGUAUGCCUUACUUGGAUGCCGUACUCCGUGAAUCGUUACGCCUGUAUCCACCGGUACCGAUCAUUACGCGCGACAUAAGCCAGGAUCUGGUGGUUGGCGGUCAGUAUACAGUACCGGCCGGUUCAUCACUGUUUGUCUGUAUAGGACGUAUGCAUUUGGACAGUCGUGUCUAUCCGGACGAUACACUGCAAUUCAAACCCGAGCGCUUUCUGGCCAAUACUAAUACCUCGGUUACUACUGUCGGAUCAGUAGCAGCAGUAGCACCGGUAGUGGUCGUCGACCCGUUUGCUUACAUACCGUUUUCGGCCGGUUCGCGCAACUGUAUUGGCCAACGUUUUGCCCAAUCGGAACUGAAGAUAGUGUUGGCCAAACUAAUGGCCGCCUAUCGGGUCGAGUCGGUCGACACGCGCGAUAAGUUACGACUGUUUAAUGCUGUAGUGAGUAAACCGGUUAACGGAUUGCGAUCUGCCAAAUCGGGGUUAAUAAUGAUGGCCAACAACAACAACAUCAGUGAAAAUUGGGACAACUAUGUGGACAUUACUGACUAUACGUUUCCGUUAGCGUUGGACAUAAUUUCGGAGACAGUAAUGGGUGUGUCGUUGAACGCCCAGAGCCGACAAAACGGGGACUACAUUGAGGCCGUCCAACGUGUCGGCCGUUAUUUUGUUGAACGUUUGCAGCGGCCGUGGCUCUGGCUAAACCUGAUCUACUAUCGAACCCGAAUGGGCGGUCAGUUUCGCCGGGAUAUUCAACUGAUGCAUCGCUUAACCCGACGAGUAAUUGCCGAACGCCUGGACUUGAUUAAGGCCGGCAGCGGUGGCGGCGGUGGCGAUGACGGCAAAUACUGUACUGAUCGGCAGACAGACAGCAGUAUCGGUGCUAACGAUGAUAGCAGCCAUAGAAAACCUAAACGUUUAGCAUUUCUCGACCUACUAUUGKAUAUACAUCUCAGAGGAGGCGGCGGUGAAGGAAAAGUCUGUAGUAGUAGUAGUGGUAGUCCUGGACUAACACUUGAAGACAUCCGGGAAGAAGUGGACACUUUUAUGUUUGCCGGACACGACACCAGUGCUCUAUGCAUGUCGUGGACACUGUAUCUGUUGGGUCUGUAUCCCGAUGUUCAGCGCCGUUUGCAUCAGGAAUUGGACUCAGAGUCGAUCGCUGCCGACACCGAUGUCCGCGGAGACCAACUACGCCGUAUGCCUUACUUGGAUGCCGUACUCAGGGAAUCGUUACGCCUGUAUCCGCCGGUACCGAUCAUUACGCGCGACAUACGCCAGGAUCUGGUCGUCGGUGGUCAGUAUACAGUACCGGCCGGUUCAUCACUGUUUGUUUGUAUAGGCCGUAUGCAUUUGGACAGUCGUGUCUAUCCGGACGAUCCGCUACAGUUCAAACCCGAGCGCUUUCUGGCCAAUACUAAUAGCUCGGUUACUACUGUCGGGUCAGUAGCAACACCUACAGCAGCAGCAGUAGCACCGGUAGUGGUUGUCGAUCCGUUUGCUUACAUACCGUUUUCGGCCGGUUCGCGCAACUGUAUUGGCCAACGUUUUGCCCAAUUGGAGCUGAAGAUAGUGUUGGCCAAACUAAUGGCCGCCUAUCGGGUCGAGUCGGUCGACACGCGUGAUAAGUUACGAUUGUUUAAUGCCGUAGUCAGUAAACCGGUUAACGGAUUGCGGCUGAAAAUUAUGGCCAGAAAUUAA